UGUCUUUAUUUCAACACGCUCUCUGUGCUCGGAGGGCGUUUCCUUCAAGAUCAGAUGAAGCAAACUGCAGCCUCUUAGCCCAUCGGAAAUCUGCACAAUGGAUAAAAUGCUCUAGAAGGAGACCAAAGGACAGCUUGGUUGAAGAUCAGUUUGUUCGAAUCCAACAGGAGCCUCAGUCAUAACUCUGCUUCGUGAGGAGAACAGUGAAGGAGCCCAAUGAGGAGCCUCAGAGUCACCAUCGUCAUGCUCCUCUCAGUUGUGAGUGGCAUGCUACAUGUCGAGAUCACAGAGACAGGAACAGAGGGAAACAUCGCUGUCAUCUUAUGUCCUUAUAGUAAAGUAUAUGAAUCUUACACCAAGUAUUUCUGUAAGGGACUCUAUAAAGACUGUGAGACUCUUUUAAAAUCUAAUGGGAAGGACUUCUGGACAUCUAAAGACAGAAUCAUUAUGAAUGACGACACAGAGCAGAAAAAGUUGGUAGUGACCAUCCGUGACCUCAGAAUGGAGGAUGCAGGAGAUUACGGCUGUGGAAUCGAGACAACAGGGCGAGACCCUUUUACUUUAGUCCAUCUGAAAGUGAUUAAGGCUCCUAAGCCACCAAAAAGAACUCAAUCAAACCCCACCCGGUCUUCACCACCACCUCCCACCAAAAACAACGAAAGCCAUGCUCCCACCAUCUCCACCAACAAAACAGGUGAAGAACAGACAGUACGUGACAAACAUGCAGAGAUGUACACAACAACAGGAAACCGGCCAAGGCCACAAACUGAAUCUGAUCUACUCGUCUCAUUUUUUUUGCAUCAACGAACACGCAGGACAGGUUUCGUCCACAAGUCUAUCCAAAAGCUACAGUACAUUCAGAGCUCUGCAGCUGGAGUUCUCACCCACACUAAGCGUUCAGCUCAUAUCACCCCCAUUCUCUCCCAGCUACACUGGCUGCUGGUCCCGUCCCGUAUAAAGUUUAAAAUCUUACUUCUCACUUCCAAAGCUUUGCUUAAUCUUGCUCCCCCCUACCUCAGAGAACUGCUGACCUCUUACACUCCCUCUUGCUCUCUCAGGUCUUCUAGCAAUAACCCACUUGCUGUUCCACACCAGACUUUCCACUUUGGGAGGGAGGUCCUUUAGUGCCAUGGCCCCAAACUCUGGAAUUCUCUUCCUCAAUCCCUCAG